CCCCGCAGCGCUGCCUGCCGGAGCGCGGGGCGACUUCCAGUCGAGCGAUGGCGGCCACCGCGGGCAGAUCGCUGCUGCUCCUCCUCCUCUCCCGGACUCCCGGCGGAGGCGGAGGAGGGGCGGCGGCGGCGCUGACAGCCGCCGGCUGCUUCCCAGCGCUGGGCAGGCACCGCCAGCAGCCGCCGCGACACAGAACGGUGCACCAAAGGCUUCUUCCAUGGCAAAGCAUGAAAGUGGUCUAUUGCAGUACCAUAGUGCCCUCUGAUGAUGUAACAGUGGUUUAUCAAAACGGGUUACCUGUGAUUUCUGUGAAUCUUCCAUCCCGCCGCGAGCGUUGCCAGUUUACACUUAAGCCAAUCUCAGACUCUGUUGGGGUAUUCUUACGACAGCUACAAGCAGAGGACCGGGGAAUUGAUCGAGUUGCCAUCUAUUCACCAGAUGGCACACGAGUAGCCUCUUCAACAGGCAUAGAUCUUCUACUCCUUGAUGAUUUCAAACUAGUAAUUAAUGACUUGACUUAUCAUGUUCGUCCACCAAAGAGAGACCUUUUAAGCCACGAAGAUGCAACCACGCUGAACGAUGUAAAGACGCUGGUUCAACAGCUGUACACUACACUGUGCAUUGAGGAACACCAGCUGAAUAAGGAGAAGGAACUCGUUGGACGGCUAGAAGACCUCAAGCAGCAGCUAGCUCCCCUGGAGAAGGUUAGAAUGGAUAUCUGCAGAAAAGCGGAAAAGAGGACCACCUGGGUGCUGUGGGGUGGGCUGGCUUACAUGGCCACUCAGUUUGGAAUUCUGGCCCGACUCACCUGGUGGGAGUACUCUUGGGACAUUAUGGAACCUGUUACCUACUUCAUCACAUAUGGUAGUGCCAUGGCAAUGUACGCAUACUUCGUAGUAACACGCCAGGAGUAUGUAUACCCAGAUGCCAGAGACAGGCAGUACUUAUUAUUUUUCCAUAAAGGAGCCAAAAAGACACGUUUUGACCUAGAAAAAUACAAUCAACUCAAGAAUGCUAUUGCUCAGGCAGAAUUGGAUCUUAAGAGGCUUCGAGACCCUUUGCAGGUACAUUUGCCUGUCCAACAGAUCAGCGCUAAAGACUGAUUACCUGAGGACCUCAGAUCCCUGGCAGAAAUGGCAAACCUGUUCAUAUCUCUCACCUCUUCAAGUAAAGCAUUGCAGGUGGAAGUUGGGAGAUCUCCUGGGGGCAGAGGACUUUUUUUACCAGUAAAACAGAACAAGGAUCUUUGGCUGGGGAGGGGGCCACUGCAUUCAAUCAAAAGAUCAGGCACUGUGGGACGUUAAGUCUUUUCAAAGGGCUUGGCGAAUAUUGUCACAUUCAAACGUUCUUUGUUUCUAGAUGAAAAAAUAUAUUUCAAGGUUGGGCAUUUCGUGAACCAAAUGUUAGGAGGGGCAUAUUUUUCCAGCUGUUCAGUGUCUGCCUCUUGAUGAUACACCAGCAGACUGCUCAGCUUUUGGGGGGGGCAGAAAAAAAAAGAGCAACCCUAUUUGAAAAAUCAAUAAUAAUAGUGCACCAAAAAAAGUGAAGAGAAAAAUCAAGCUGUCUUAAGAAGCUGUGACUGGUGAUCGGAACUAGAGCGCUGCCUUCAUUUACCACCUGCUCCAGACUGUGUUUCGUUGUCUUCCUCAACAUGCACUCUAGUUUGGGUCUACAUCGUCUUUUUAUUAAAAAAAUUAAUUUGAAACACCCUUUUUAUUUUGGAAGUAUGAGUAGCUUUCCACUCUCUGUUCACUUACUGGCAGCCAGAUUCCCUCCUUUUACUAGACGAUUACAACAUUGAUCAGUUUGAUCAGAAUCAUAAACUGAAUGACUCUUAUUCUGAACGUUUGAUAAUUGACACUUUGCAUUACUCUUAAAUAACUUCAGUAGAUCACACUGCCCUGGAUCUACUUCUAGAUAUAAAUGGUGAUGUUGCAUGAAACGAUUUCUUAUUCAGUCUUAAGGGAGCAAACUUCUGCCCCUGCCCCCUGGCCACCCAUUCCACCCCAAAUCUGAUAGCUACUUGGAUUGCCAAAUUAAAAGGGUGCUUUUUUGAUGGGGGCGGGGUGGGUGGGGUGGAUGGAAUAUUUUUAUUGGCUCAAAAUCAUGUCUUUCUAACCCAGCAGUGUAGAACAGGGAUAAUUAAAUUUGAUGUUUGUAUAGCGGAAUGCAUUAUGUGUCUUGAGAUUGCCUGGCCUUUGUCGAAAGCCUGAGGCAGAAGACAAAUGAAGGAUUCCAUGUUGCUUCUCAAGCCCUCUUUAAGUAGCUUUAAAGAACACUCUGAUGCUUCAAGGGUCAGGGUUUCAGUAGGGUGACAGAGAUAGCAAACUCUUUUCUUAUUUGAACAAUUAAAGAAAUGGCUCUCCUCGCCCUCCACCUCUGGCAAACCAGCUGAUUUUUUUCCCAUGUGGGUCUCACAUCCUGCAGUAAGUGGAAUCAGCGUUUGACCAUCCUGUUUGAUAAAAGCCUGCAAGGACAGGAUGGAGGCUGGAGAAGCUUGAUUUGCAGAAAGGUUGGGUGUUUCCUUUUCAGUUUGCUACUUCUCACUGUGUCAAGGCGAGAGGCUCCCAACCAUGUUUUAAAGUGUACAAAAUAAAUAUAAACCAGACGCCAGGUGCCUUGCAGCUGUGGAAACACAAGACGGGAUCGUUGCCGCCGCCUCUCCCUCAAUGGCAUGUUGGAUCGAAUGGAUGCAUGUUCCAAGGUGUUUUUCUCUCCCCACCUUUCUUCCUCCUCCCCCCCCCCAUUUUAAGUUGUUUUGGAUUUUUUUUCUUUUUAUUCUUUUUUUUUAAUGAUCCGUUUGGUCCUUGUUGUAUGCAGCAUUUUAAAAGAAUGAAAAUGAACAGUCUUGUUAGCAGAAUCAUUGGCGUGUGUUUGGGUGAGGGGAGGGGGCAUGGAGAAAAGUCCUUAAAAAUAAAAUACUGAACAUGUGUAAAAUCCUGUAUCAUUUAUUAAAUAUGUAUAAAAGAGCAAUGUACUUCUGGAACAAUAAAUAACUAUUCAGUUUUUGAA